AUGUCUACACUAACUUCAGAACCCCAAACAGGGGCAGCUUUAGCUACCAGUUCAAGUAGUUUCUAUUACCUUUUGAUACCAGCUUUAGCUUUAUGGUAUGUCUACUGGAAUGUAUCCAGAAAACGUUUCUACCAACUUGCUGAGAAGAUCCCUGGACCUAAAGGCUACCCAUUAAUUGGAAACGCACUUGAAUUAGUUGGAAAAGCCCCUGCUAUUUUUAAAAGUGUCUACAAAAAAUCCUUUGAAUACGGGGAUGUAAUCAAGCUAUGGGUUGGACCAAAACUGUUGGUCUUCCUUAUGGACCCCAGCGAUGCCGAAAUCAUACUUAACAGUCACGUCCACAUCGACAAAUCUCCAGAAUACCGUUUCUUCAAACCUUGGUUGGGCAACGGUCUUUUGAUCUCCACUGGCGAAAAAUGGAGGGCGCACAGAAAACUCAUUGCCCCAACUUUCCAUUUGAACGUACUCAAAUCUUUCAUUGAUCUAUUCAAUGCUAACAGCAGGGACACCGUACAGAAAUUAAAGAAAGAACUUGGAAAGGAAUUCGAUUGCCACGACUACAUGUCCGAAGCUACCGUAGAAAUUUUAUUGGAAACUGCUAUGGGUGUAAGCAAAAAGACCCAGGACCAAAGUGGAUUUGACUACGCCAUGGCUGUGAUGAAGAUGUGCGAUAUCAUUCAUUUGCGCCACACCAAAUUCUGGCUUAGACCCGAUAUGAUUUUCAAUUUUACCAAAUACGGAAAUGUACAAGAAAAACUUAUAAACACCAUCCACAGUCUGACCAGAAAGGUUAUCAAGAGGAAGAAGGCUGAUUUCAUGCAAGGAAUCAGAGGAUCCACAGCUGAAGUACCUGAAGAAUUAAAAUCAAAGAACCAAGAGAAACAAGAUGCUAAGAACAAGACGGUUGUUGAAGGUUUAUCUUACGGACAAUCUGCUGGACUUAAGGACGAUUUGGAUGUUGAUGAUAACGAUAUUGGAGAGAAGAAAAGGAUGGCUUUCUUGGACUUGAUGAUCGAAGCCUCCCAAAACGGAGUAGUGAUCAAUGACGAAGAAAUCAAGGAACAAGUCGAUACCAUUAUGUUCGAAGGUCACGAUACCACCGCUGCCGGUAGCAGUUUCUUCCUCUCCAUGAUGGGUAUCCAUCCACACAUCCAACAGAAGGUCGUGCAAGAAUUGCACGAAAUCUUUGGUGAUUCCGACAGACCAGCAACCUUCGCCGACACCUUGGAAAUGAAAUAUUUGGAAAGAUGUUUGAUGGAGACUUUGAGAAUGUACCCACCAGUACCCAUUAUUGCCAGACAAAUCAACCAGGACAUUAAAUUGGCUUCCUCCAACCUGACCGUACCCGCUGGUGCUACUGUGGUAAUCGGUACCUUCAAGAUCCACCGUCAAGAAAAGAUCUACCCCAACCCCGAAAAAUUCGACCCUGACAACUUCUUACCAGAAAAAUCCGCAAACAGGCAUUACUAUGCAUUUAUUCCAUUCAGCGCAGGGCCAAGGAGUUGCGUAGGUCGCAAAUACGCCAUGCUUAAAUUGAAAAUCCUUCUGUCCACCAUUCUGAGAAACUACGUUGUAAAGUCCGACUUAAAGGAAAAGGACUUCCAACUGCAAGGUGAUAUUAUCUUAAAGAGGGCUGAAGGAUUCAAAAUCAAACUGGAACCCAGGAAAACUCUUAAGGCCUAA